AUUUUUUGUUUGAAAGUGUAAUUAUAUCUUUAUAUAUAUGGAAUCAUUGAUAGAUGUGAUGGAACAAUACACCAAGAGUCCUAUACCCAAUGCUGCCUCUAUUGCAGUAGCAGCAGCGGCAGCGGCAGCGGCAGCGACAUCAACUACUAACACAGCAGCGCCACUAGCCUACUAUGACAACAACUACCAGCAAUUUCCUUCUUUUGCACAGUUUGAUGCUAUUAUCAACGACUACUUGCAAAACUUGUCAACGAAAAAGAGAGACAAAGCACUGGUCGAUAGUCAUCGUUAUUCGAUGAUAUUGCAAGUCCUUAAAGACCCAAGAAAUACAUCCAUUUCUACAGCUCAAUUUCGAUUUUGGGUCAAAAAGAUGUUUCGACUAACCAACCAUGAUAUUGUCUGCCAUGAUAACAAACCGGUAGCCACACGAGAAAAUAUUUACAGCAUUUUGGUUAGAGCUCACAAAGAGGCACACCAUGGUGGGAGGGACAAGACAUCGGCGUUGGUUCGUAGACAAUAUUCCUGGAUUCCAAAAGAACUUAUCGCUCGGUUCGUCCGUCACUGCCCUUACUGUAUCUCAAGAAGGAAUGGAAGCACGCAAGAUAAUACGAGUAGCGCCAGUAGCAACAGUAGCAGCAACAAUAGUAGUAGUAGUAAUUUACCAAAAACACCACCAUCUAUUUAUAAUAACAGCUGGAGCCAUCAUUCUGCUACUGCCGCAGCAGCAGCCGUAGUGGCUUCCUCAUUUAUUGCCGCUAAUAACAAUAAUAACAUCUCAUCAUUUGAUACUACAACAAGAUUUUAUUUUCCUAAACAAGAACAUGAUAUCAUGGACACCGCUCUGUGCUCUUCUCCACAAUAUAGCUUUAUAUCACCAAAAGAUCAGCGUGAUUCAACACAUAGUUGUGCAGCAGCGGCAGCUAUUGUUGCAGCAGCAGCUAUGGCGGCUAUUAAAUCAAAUCAUUCAAAUUCUUCCCUUUCUAUAUCUUCAUCUUCUACAAUAUAGAUUAAAUUUAUUUAUAAAAUAAGAUGGUACAUAAAUAAAACAAAACCACAGACACACACACACACAAAAACAAAUACAUAUA